AUGUCAAAACACAACAGGGUCAUCUCUAUAUCACUUACAUUGGCCACACUGUGGACUCUAAGCAAUGGCUAUUAUUGGCCAGAAUACCAACCCUAUGGGCACCAUCAGCGCAAUAAUCACCCCGAUCACAACAAUCAUCAAGCUCAUUACCACGUACGGUCAUUUUCAAACAUGAUGGCGCCUGAUGAUGAUCAAAUGCUGGAGGCCCAGUACGGUAUGGCACUGGGUAUUAAAGCCCGGACUAGAUCGCGUAGUCGCGCCCGGCUAGACGUGGACCAACAUCGAGACGAGCGUGGUAAUUUAAUUCACCAAACUGCCUUAAAUCGGGACUACGAACGCGACACCCAGCUGGAACUGUCGCUGGAGUUUGAUUUGCCCGAGUGGUACGUCAGGUACGCCAAUGAGAAGUGGGGCCACCGGGGGUUGCGAUGGUUACGGGAACAUUUGAGCUUUGUCAAAAAACAACAACAACAAGGUGGCGGACCGCUUAGCACCCCACUAACACCGCCGCCCGAAAGCCAACUACCACCGGAUCACCCGAAUCGGGUCAAAUGGUCAAUGGGGCUGAACUCGCAGCGUAACUCAUCUAGCCAGUACUUACUAUCCGGUUCGCACGCCCUGGGCUGGCUUGGUAGUAAAGUGUUGCCGCAACGCUUGAAAAGUGCAUGGGCCAUCAAUCGUGACAGGGACGCUGAGCUAGAUCUUCAAAUAGGUAUUGGAGGUGAUCGUGGACAAUCGGAGCGUGAUGGUGGUGGUCACCCAGUGCCAAUACCCGACAAUAUCCCAGAACAACUAGCUGGCUCGCUUAACCACGAUUCGCCACCUGUCAAAGUGGUUGGUGGUGAAUUGAAACUCGACACAGAAGUUCCUAGCACUAACAAAGAGAGUGGUGCUAAUGACAAACCCCCUCCCGGUGGCGGGUCUAAUCUAGAUCAACCUAAAGAGAUGAUGAUUGGUGAAUUAACCACUUCUGCACCCGUAAUGCAUAUUCCAAAGGCAGAUACCGCUGAUUUAAUAGUCUUUUACACCGUGGUGCUAAUCGCGCUGGGCACAUUUGUGGCAAUCGCCAGUGCGUACGACCCCUAUUACCACGAACACGGUUAUGGCCACCAUUAUGACCAUCAUUAUAACCACCCUUAUAGCCACCAUUAUGAUCAGCCAAAAAUUACAUUCAACAUAAAGACCAGUGGAGAUCUUACCCCGGACCAGUUGGCGCAAAUUGAGCAACUAAAACGGGAAUACGAGCAAAGGACAAGCCAGGGUAAUAUAGGUUACAAUCAGCAAGGUAACUUUCACAACGAACAGCAUACUGGCCAAGAAGACCAUCACGAAGAGCACCAUCAUCCUAAGUGCCAAUACUAUGGGCCAUACAAUUACGGAGCCGAUCUCGAUGAAUUUCCCGAUGAUUACCAGGAUCAGCGGCGCUACCCCUACACUUUGAACUAUUACCACGAUCCAUACUACGACCAUGGGCGAUUCAGAUACCUGGAAGUGGGCGCCAAAGGGCACUAUCAGGCAAAACACAGGCACGAACUCAGCGCCGGACACGACUCGGAAAACAAAGAGGGUCAUCACAAAAAUCACCUAGCGCUAGACCACCAUCACGACCGAGAUGCCGGGCUAGAGUUUACGUUCGGAUUCAACGUUCCUAAAUGGUUACAGCGAAAGCGCCAGGGUCCAUUGGAUGGUCCAGUAGAGCCUAGGUCAGCACAAGAUCAAAGUGACCAGGGUGAUGAUGGCGUUCCUGGACCUGGUUACCAUAAAGAUCUACUGACCCUGGACACGUCGGGCACCAAUGAAAAUGGUCUAUCUCACGAGUACUCCAUGGGCUGGGCCAAUAGGCUGGGUUAUUGGCUGGGCAUGCACCGUGGUUCUGGCAAUCAUCAGCAUGGUCACCGAUGGGGUCUGGGCGCCAGGUUGAGGUACGAGAUAGACCCGGAUGAUCCCGAUCAUCGGCGAUUAGUGCUGCGAUUGGGCGCCCGUCAUGGUCAUACACAUCACCACGAUCUGGAAGGCGAGCAUAACUCGCCAGCGUUGGCUGCCCUUGAAUGUAUUGAUAAGACUGAGGGUGAAGAACAUUACUAUUCAGUUAAUUAUCAAUCGGAUAACAUUCCCAAUAGCAAUCACAAAUUUUAUGAGGUAUUUUACACUAUAAAUAUGAUGAUCGUUUAUGUGUGCGUUUUGAUGUUGGCAAUCACACUCACACCUCAUGGGGACAACUGUAUCAACGCAUUCCCGAUGGCCUACCCUAUGACCGGACGCACUGCUGGAUCGUACGGCUACUAUCGUGGGGAACGAAAUGCAAAAUGUGGUGACGAGGAUCACCCCGAUGACUCGGCUGGGCCAAUAACAUUUGAUAAAUGA